AGGAGGGGCAGGGAAGAGGCACAUAGGGGUGCUGUGAGUGAGAAGCGCCCAAGACUGCAAAGGGCAUAUCCCCUGACGGGACCCUCCAACUCUCGGCUGAGCCCAGAAGUUCCCUGUCCAGGCCUCCUGCAGUAGUUUCUGCAAGAACCUGCGAGGGAGCAAAGAGGGCCGGAGUUCUGCAAGCCUGAGCAGGUUACCGCCUGGGAAGAUGUAACCUGGCCAGGGUCUGGGACGUGUCCUGGGCUGGGUCAGGACUAGGGUUGGGGGCGGCGUCCGCGACUUCAGCUGUGUGUACCACAGGAUGCGGGUUCCCGGAGCAGGAACUGCCUCGGUGGCCUCGCUGGCGGUGCUUUGGCUGCUGGGACUUCCGUGGACCUGGAGCGCAGCGGCGGCAUUCGGUGUGUACGUGGGCGGCGGUGGCUGGCGCUUCCUGCGUAUCGUCUGCAAGACGGCGAGGCGAGAUCUUUUUGGCCUCUCCGUUCUGAUUCGUGUGCGGCUGGAGCUGCGGCGGCACCGGCGAGCAGGAGACACGAUCCCGCGCAUCUUCCAGGCGGUGGCCCAGAGACAACCUGAGCGCCUGGCGCUGGUGGAUGCCAGCAGCGGUGUAUGCUGGACGUUCGCACAGCUAGACACCUACUCCAAUGCAGUGGCCAACCUGUUCCGCCAGCUGGGCUUUGCACCGGGUGAUGUGGUGGCCAUGUUUCUGGAGGGCCGGCCUGAGUUCGUGGGGUUGUGGCUGGGCCUGUCUAAGGCUGGUGUGGUGGCCGCACUGCUCAAUGUCAACCUGAGGCGAGAGCCCCUGGUCUUCUGCCUGGGCACAUCGGCUGCCAAGGCCCUCGUUUAUGGCGGAGAGAUGGCAGCGGCGGUGGCGGAGGUGAGUGAGCAGCUGGGGAAGAGCCUGCUUAAGUUCUGCUUGGGAGACCUGGGACCUGAGAGCAUCCUGCCGGACACACAGCUCCUGGACCCAAUGCUCUCUGAGGCGCCCACCACACCUCUGGCACAAGCCCCAGGCAAAGGCAUGGAUGAUCGGCUGUUUUACAUCUAUACCUCGGGGACCACGGGGCUUCCUAAGGCAGCCAUUGUGGUGCACAGCAGGUACUACCGCAUCGCGGCCUUCGGCCACCAUUCCUACAGCAUGCGGCCAGCUGAUGUACUCUACGACUGCCUGCCGCUCUAUCACUCCGCAGGGAACAUCAUGGGCGUGGGGCAGUGUGUCAUCUACGGCCUGACAGUGGUGCUGCGCAAGAAGUUCUCCGCCAGUCGCUUCUGGGACGACUGUGUCAAGUACAACUGCACGGUAGUGCAGUACAUUGGCGAGAUCUGUCGAUACCUGCUGAGGCAGCCUGUUCGGGACGUUGAGCGGAGGCACCGCGUGCGCCUGGCUGUGGGGAACGGGCUGCGGCCGGCCAUCUGGGAGGAGUUCACGCAGCGCUUUGGCGUGAGGCAGAUCGGCGAGUUCUAUGGUGCCACCGAGUGCAACUGCAGCAUCGCCAACAUGGACGGCAAGGUCGGCUCCUGCGGCUUCAACAGCCGCAUCCUCACGCACGUGUACCCUAUCCGCCUGGUCAAGGUCAACGAGGACACGAUGGAGCCACUGCGGGAUGCCCAGGGCCUCUGUAUCCCGUGCCAGCCAGGGGAGCCCGGUCUUCUCGUGGGCCAGAUCAACCAGCAGGACCCACUGCGUCGCUUCGAUGGCUAUGUUAGUGACAGUGCCACCAGCAAGAAGAUCGCCCACAGUGUUUUCCGAAAGGGCGACAGCGCCUACCUCUCAGGUGACGUGCUGGUGAUGGAUGAGCUGGGCUACAUGUAUUUUCGAGACCGCAGCGGGGACACCUUUCGCUGGCGUGGGGAGAACGUGUCCACCACUGAGGUGGAAGCUGUGCUGAGCCGCCUGCUGGGCCAGACGGAUGUGGCUGUGUACGGGGUGGCCGUGCCAGGGGUGGAGGGGAAAGCCGGUAUGGCGGCCAUUGCAGAUCCCCACGGCCAGCUGGACCCUAACUCCAUGUACCAGGAGUUGCAGAAGGUUCUGGCGUCCUAUGCCCGGCCUAUCUUCUUACGUCUUCUGCCCCAUGUGGAUACUACAGGCACCUUCAAGAUCCAGAAGACCCAGCUGCAGCGUGAAGGCUUUGACCCCCGCCAGACCUCAGACCGCCUCUUCUUUCUAGACCUGAAGCAGGGCCGCUACCUGCCCCUGGAUGAGGGAGUCCACGCCCGCAUCUGUGCCGGCGACUUCUCGCUCUGAACCUGCCGAGUGGGGUGGUCCUGGACUGAUGUGCCCAGCGCCUGAUAAUCCUGCCCGAGUGCUCCUGCCUGGCCCUGGGCCAGUGAGCCAUGGGAGUAGGAGACUGGGGCCUGAGCUGCUGGGAAGCCCUCUCCUACAUCCAUCCCAUCAUACAUCCAUCUGGCCUCUUUCUCUUUUUCUCCAUCUCUUUUUUUCGUUACCCACCAGGAACUCACAGCACAUGCUGGCUGCUGUGUCCUGCAGUGGGACCAGUGUUCAGGGGUCCAGGCUGCCAGCUGUGACCCAGACUGGUGCCCGCCUCCCUUCCCUAUUGUGCCUUAGGAACCCUUCCACGGUUCCCCUGUAGAACAAGUGGGGUCCCUGGUUGGUAGCGCAUUGUCACAGAGGUGAGCAAAAUCAGCAUCUCCCACUGAUCCUCAGUCAACUGGGAAUAUUUUUUUGUCUUGAGACAGGGCCUCGGUGUGAGGCCUCCACCUCUCCACCCUGCUGCCUCUGCCUACAGAGUGCACUACCCUGCAGUCCCAGGCUGACACUUAUGCACUCUGACCCUCCGAGGCCCCACUUAAACCUCAUGUCCUGCAAACUUUCAGAACCGACUUGACCUCUUGGAUGUGGCCAGUGCUGGUUCUGCCCACAUAUGUCAGUUCAAGGGUCCCCAGGUAUCCCCUCGUUGACUCUGGCAACGCUUCUGAGUCCUCACAUUACAGCUGCAGAGCCUCAGGGAAGUUGCUGUGGUGUUCUCUUGGGCGCUCCCUGGUGGCAUCCCUGGGUGUGCUUACCUGAGGCUUUAGUGCCAGUAGCCCAAACCCUAUUGCUUUAACACUCCAGGUCUCAUCUUCUGGCUCCCAUGGUCCCCAUUGGGAUCAUUGGUAAUUCAUCUCAGUCACCAAACCAGGCCUCUGCUCUCCUUUAUUUGCAUGGGCCCAGCCCCAUGAAGGGUGUGGACCAGGCAGCUUCCACUGGCUGCCCUGAAGGCAUCCACACACAAAUGUCAUUAUGCUGUUGGUUUUAAGAAAUAAAUUUGCCGAGCUAUGA